GAGGAGGCCUGGAUCGCUGCUGCGCAGGUGGACCCAAAGUGGAAGCUGUGCGGGCAGACGGCGCUGUACUUUGCCGCUGCACGGCAGGACGCGAUGGAUGCAGAACAGAUCUGUCGAUUCCUGAUGAGGCGAGUCCGCGUGCCGGCAGCAAAGCGGGAUGACUGGGGGCAAAGCCCUCUGUUCUACGCAGCUAGACAAGGACACAAAGAGCUGUGCGCUUACUUCGUCGAGAAGUUGGGCAUGAGUGUCCAUCAAGUGGACAUCUGGGGCGAGACGCCCAUUUUCUACGCCAUGCGAGAAAAGAAGACCGAGACGGUCAUUUACUUGCUUAGACAGGGUGCGUCGCUCGGGGUCAACAACACGUUCCUCGAGUCGCCAGAAAGCCUCGCACCGGUCGAGGUGGCUCGCGAGCUGCAGGCACGCGUCAAGGAGUGGGCCGAGCCAUCCAAGCCCUCGUCCCCACAGCCACAGCAAGGAGACUCAAAGAAGCGAAAGCGAGCGGCGGAGGAUGAGAAGGAGGAGGAGGUUGAAGAGCAAAGAUCAGCCGCGGAGGGGCCCCGCGCUCUCCAGGAAUGGGCAGCAAAGCCGGCGAAGUUGCCGAAGAAUUUGAGGACCCAGCUGGCUCGAGAGAAGCUCAGGGGAGAGCACGAAAUAAUCGAAGAUAGCAUGAACCACAAGGUGACACUGGUCACCUUCGACGCGCUGGAGGAGGUGCGAGGCCUGGAGAAGAUGCUCGUGGCCGACCAGGCCGUCCUCUUCAAGAAGAAACUCUUCGUCCGGUCUUGCAGAGCAGCGGACUUCUGCUUCGUCUGGGGGGCCUACGAGAAGGAUUGCCAGUUUUUCAGAGAGUAUUCCGACAUCGUCGCCAGUCGCGGGAAAGUAGGCUCACUCGUGCUGGUGGCUCGGGACAAGCGCACGAAGCAGGUCGUAGGCUUCGUGCAUGCGGAGAAAGGCGAGAAAGAGCUGCAGAUUGCCCACCUCAAGGUGCGCAGUGACCAUCAGCGCAAAGGUGUGGGAAGGCUGCUGAUCGAGGCUGCCGAGACUCAGGCCCUGAGCGCGGGAUGGGCUUUCGAGUCGGUGUCCGUGCGCGUGCUGCACGUCAACUCGCGAGCGCAGCAGAUCUUUUUCUGCCUUGGUUUCGAUAUUUACGACGAGCCGGCACCAGAGUCGACAAACAGCAUGCUGUCGAUGUGCCUGAAGAUGAUCCGCCGGGCCGAGCACAUCCCGGCACCUCCAAAGGAGCGAACAAAAGUGGCACCCUACGUGCAAAGGACGUUGGCGAGAUGGCACUAUCGGAAUCUGAAGGUGAGAAGGCAGGUCAGCAACUGCCCCAUGCCCGAGAAGGCAGCCCCAUUCUAUGACGACGUCUCCGCGACUCAUCCGUCAAUGCCGGACUUGAUUCCGGUCACUCCGGUGUCCUCGCCGCGUACCGAUAAAGAUGAGUUCGUCCAGGUCUCCGUCUGGACAGAAUACGUCCAGAUCCAAGGCAUACAUUUUAAUGACCUGGCCUUGAA